CACAACACUACUCGGAACAGAACGGCAGUUUUGGUGCAUGAUUUGCAUUGGACUUUCCUCGAUAAGACUUCUAUCAGAGGAAAAUUGCUACAUCUCAUCAGGAGUGGCCAAAGCCCGGCAUCAAUCGUGCACAGCGCUGUGUUAUCUAUGCUUUGCUCGUAGUUUACGGAAAGCUAGCUAGCUAGAAAAGUAGCCGCUACAAAGGACACAUGUACUGAAGAUUGCAUCGAUUGUACUGCAAACAAAGCAAACCGUGCUCACCUCAAAGCCAACGAACACAACCACCAAAAGUCAGCUACCCACGUUUCGUUGACUUACUAAUCACUAUUGGAAGGAAAAGAAAGGACACAUUAUACUAAUACGUGGCAGUGAGAAAGUUGAUACGGGCAAUUCAUUGUCGGUCGUGUCGCUAGCGCACGCCCCAAACUUUAUUGCAAUCGGCCGCAGUCGAUUGCCGGUCGGUUCUGUUUUAAUUCCAGUUUUCAAAAUAAAAAGAAGCAUUAUGUACUGGGACUUGCAAACCACACAGUCCGACGUGGAUACAUUGCUUAGCAAAGAGGGUAUAACCCUCCAGGAAGUGUUGGAAUAUGAAAACAUUUUGCAAGAAUGUAAAACUCAGAAUCCCAAACUGUUACAAUACUUAAAUCGCACCGAGAUUUUCGACGCACUCAUCGAUCUCAUCAUUCAGGAACCGGCCGCCAACGCAGACGAACAUGUACGCUUCAUGCAUUCCAAUAUGGCAUGCGAAAUACUUACCAGUGAUGUACCGUCCUUCAAGACGCACCUCGUCGAGAACCAGAACUUCCUGAACAAGCUGUACAGCUUCCUCACCAAGGAACCCCCGCUCAAUCCGCUCCUGACGUCGUUCUUCUGCAAAACCUUCGGCAUGCUGAUAGCGAAGCAGAACGAGCAGGACUACUUUUCCUACAAAUCUGUGUGCCUACAAGUAUUAGAGUUUAUCAAAUCGAAGAAAGGUUUCCUGCCGACGGUUCUGAAGCACUUCGGCAACCAGGUCGUCAGCGAUCUGCUGCUGUCCCAUAUCACCGACAUCGAGGAUGCCGAGCUCAAGUCGGAACUGCUGGAGUGGCUCAACGAGGAACAGCUGAUUGCGCAAAUCAUAGCCUUACUGAAGCAACCGGGUCAGGUGCAGAAGCACUAUAAUGCGGCCCAGUUUCUAAUUGAACUGAUCAAGAUCAGCCGGUGUAAGCGGCAGAACGAUCGCCAAGACAAAGUCACAUCCGAUCCUCUGUUAAAUACUCUGGAAAGCGAAGCCACAACGAAACAACUGGUCGAUGUCAUUCUGGAGGAAAAGGGGGAAGAAAGUGCAAUUGUAUCUGGAAUUCAAAUCAUUUUACGGCUGCUAGAAAAUACUAUCAUCCAAGAGCCCGUCUCCGAUACUGUCCUGCAAAUGGUUAUUGACGCCGAAAAGGAGCACCACGACACGGUCGUGUCCCGCCUUGUUAACGUUAUCAAACCUCGAGUUGCUGAAUUAGUUGAAAUUUUGCUAAACCCGCCUGUGAAACCGGAUAUCAUUUCCACCGUCGGUACGCUGUCGCCUCCACUAGGGAACGUGAGACUGCAGAUAUGUAAUUUAUUUACAGUAUUAGUAAAAACCAAUGACAAAGAGAUUAUCAAGUCAAUAUGCGCUACGGAAUAUUACAACACAUUGCUCAUGCUGGUCAAGCAAUACUGCUGGAACAACUUCCUCCAUAGCCGCGCUAGUGCGUGCAUCACCUAUGCGCUUGCGGCCUACGAUGUAAUCGAUGUGGACACGUUUAAAACUACUGACUUGCAGCGACACGUAAUCGUCGAUUGUCAGAUAGCGCCAAAGUUGCUCGAUCUGUACCACCAUAACCAGAAACACGUGGAGGAACACCGUCGCCGAUUGGGCUACAUGGGCCAUCUGACUGAAAUGCUCGACGCGUUGGCCGUUAACAUGAAUGGGUCGGACGAACUUCGUGCCUUAGUGCAGGCGACGCUGACCGUGGACGAGCAGGAAGAUUGGACCAAGCUAACCGACGGAGCAGACAGCUAUCUGGCAACAACGUUGUCUGUCCAAAUGAGGUUCCUGGCUGACCAGGAUCCGCACAAAAUCUGCCCCAACGGACCGGGAGGCGACGCAAUGCCGGAUUCAAACGAUUUUAACGCGUACCUGCAAACGAACUACAACGAAGUGAUGGACAUGCUGAGUGACGUAAUUAAAAACAUUUCCAUCAUCGACGUAAGUGAAGCCAUGUUAGGCGAUUCGGAUUCGCUGAACGCGUGGGCCAAUCUCGGUUCGGCUGAUCGGAUCGAGUCGGAGCUUGCUGGUGUAAGUGGUCUGUCGGCUUUAUCCGGCGAUGAUCGUGGUCUAGCAGAUGACGAUGACGACCUGUUUGGUGGACACAGUAGUAGUGUGAUAUUCGACGGUGACGGCGAACAGGAUAAGGCGACGAACGAGGACGAUGAUCCGUUUCUGCCUCUGCAGUCAGCCGACACGAACCCACAGGAGGAUCACAAGAACCUGAUGAUGGGGGAUAGUUUACUUGGACUCAACGCUGGGUUAGAUUUUGCAUCGUUGGCAUCGUCGGGGCUUGAGGAGACCGAAGGAAACAGUGAAGUGCCGCUCACCAGCGGAAUGAAUCACAACAUACUGAAGCUGCUCGAAGCCGUCAAUGAAGCAGGGCCACCGUCUGGAGGAUCUAUGCUGGAUGAUAACUUUGCCGACUUUGAUGCGGUCCUGGGCGUAAAUAGUGGUAAUAUGAGCGGUGCCAGUGAAACAUCCACUGCCGUUGUCGGUGCGGUUAGUGAAACGGUGGAAUUCAAUCCAUUUGAAGACAGUUGCGCUGCCGAGAGUGCAGUCGCCGAUGAUUCGGCUUUCACUCCCAUCACUACUGCGCCGUCGGCCGCACUGAAUGGGCCCGCGUUUAGUGACGUCGUGCCUGCAGAAAUGCUUGGCUCUGGGUUUGAAGUGCAAAAUUGGAACGAACCUGAAAAGAUGCUCCCAAUCACGAAAGGCGAUGGUGAUUCGAAUGAAAUCGUUCCGGUUGCCAAAGUCGCCACCGUCGCCGAUAAAAGCGUUGACGAAGUAGGCGUCGAUAGCAAAAAAAGCAGUGAAAAAACGGUUGCUACCAACGAAUGCAUUGAAACAGCAAUUCCAUCUGCGAAAAUUAGUGUAGUUGACACCGUUCAAGAAGAAAUCAAGCCAUCAGCAGUGGCUCAAGAGGAGUCCAGUAGUAGCACUGAUUCCAGCGCACCAGCAAGUGGCACCUCGAACAGCUCAACCCUUGUUGCGGAUGAUGGAGAUACGAGUGAAUCCACGGCCAAUUGAGGGUUUCUGGAAGCCAGCCGUUGUUAUCACCGUUCUGCUCACCCGCCAACUGCACAUCAUCGGGCUCGCCCGGCAUCAUCAUCAUCAACGCGGCCAUCGACAGUACACGCGCCUGCUUUGUCGGACCAAUCGGGGCAAUCGAAGCAGCAACAACGACAACGGCGCCGCAGGCAAAGAAGAAGAAAAAACCAACGAGCAGUCACUAGUGCGACUACGGCCAACGCCAACAAUACUACCACCACUCAACGGUAUACCUCCUCCUAGGCGUAUCUAUUGUCGAGGAUCGAGAAUCCCGGAAUAUUGUACCGGUAAGAGCUUUGUAUGGAGACACAUAUGAAAUGAGGACAACCACAUCACACAGACAUAAGACAAACGAAGGCUGAUACCUACCGACGACUAAGGGCUAAGCAGUUGCAUCGAAAGUAGAAUUCUUCAAAAGUCGCACACCAUUUUCGAGCAACAUCCGGCACCUUGGGGUAGAGUUUUCUGUUUCUUUUCUUUUCAAAUACUAAGCUUUGCCAAAACGAAAAACAAAGGAAAAGAUAGUCAAAGAAUGUUUAGACUUUGUUACAUUUGUGACUUUCCAUUGGUAGUUUGAUCCGUAAAGUAAGAUGCAUUUGAUUGAAAGGCUUAAAAUAUGUGUUGUUACCAAACAGGAAUCAAAUUUAUCAAACAGGGACAGAUAGACUGUACUGUACUGUUUAAUUUUCACCGUAGAUCAUACCAUAUUUGGGCUAUGGUUUGACUCUAUCCCUCUAAAGCCUUACUACUUGCCGCUUUUACUUGCCACGAUGAAGUAAUACCACAGAACAAAUAUGAUGUUUUUAAAUGCUGCAAGGCUUUGUUAUUCUGAGUUGAAGUGUUAUAUGAUUUUUCAUUAACACUUUGUGGAUGGGGCCCGAGUGUACUCGGGCUAGCUUGGCUUAACUGUAGCAUGUGUUUUUUCAGAAAGCGCCCGUCAACAAAAUGUUAGUUUCAACAUUAUUUUUGACUGUUUUGCAUUAUGCAUUUUGGUCUGUUUCCUUGCGUGUGGCUGGUCUUUUGUGUAUUUAAACAAACUCAAAUAAUAUAGUCGUGAGGCGCAGAUAGCGAUAGACAUAUUCGAAUCGAUCGACAUUAUCACCAGCUUAUGGAAGCAAUAACUAAUCACUCCCAGAUAGCAGGGCAAAUUUGUGUUCUAAGAAUACGCACACCACUACAUGAAUUGACAGGAAGUGGUAUCAAAUUGUGCUGUGACAUUGUAGAGAAUUUUUGCUUUGGCCAAUUUUGAUUGAUUUUGAUUCAAAGGUUCGAAUUAAAGCCUCACGUAAUGCGCACAUCGAUAAACGAAACGUGCGGGCGGAUCUAAUAUCUUGGGUUAAUUUUUUUUCCGAAAUCAUGACGCUCUCACAACGAUCCGAGCCGCUUAUGUCCAAUGUGGUGUGUUUAGCAACGUUUUGAUAAUGCUAAUAAAUGUUUUUAACCACACAUCCACACAUAAUGAUUUUUGUUGCUGUCGAGUGCAGUGGGAAUGUACCUAGAGGGGGUGUAAUAAAAAUAAUCAAUGGUAAAGCAAAAGAAAACUAAAGGGAAACAAUUUAUGCAAACCAAAUCUUAACAAAAAAAAAGAGAAAAUAAACUAUUGAUGUCAUAUCAAACACAAACGGUAGUUACUGCGGAAAUAGAACGUUAGGUCACGG